ACUCUCCACCCAGCGAGAUCCUCGCCAGCUGCCUGGCUGCUGUGGGCAACCUCAGCACCAUGAAACCAGCCCUUGAGCCUGAGCUAGAGUCCCGCCUCUUGCAAGCUGCCCUUGGCUCGGUCUUCACCCUGGGCACGGAGACGGACGCCACCGACAUCCAGGCGCUACACAAAGUCAUGCCAGAGCUCCUGGAUGCUGUGCUGGGGAACCUGCUGGCAGAGUCCCCAGACGCAGGCAGGCUCCACUUCAUCUUGGAGCAUGUCAACCGCUGGAUCGUGUCCAGGGUGCCCCAGGAGAGAGCCAGGGCCAUUAAGAGCAGCACGGCCCUGCUGAGAUUUGCAGUCACCCUCCCCGAGUUUGACAUCUCAGCAGAGUUCCCUAGGCUGGGUCAGCACGUGGCCCAGCUGGCUCUGUUUGUGAGUUACCCAGACCAGGACAUCAGCCGGCAGGCCAGGGAGGGGACUUACCGGCUGUACCAGCUGCUGCUCGAACAGAGGGGGCUGAGCAUACACGAGGUGGAGGAUCUGUGGUGCCACAACUGGUACCAGGACAGCAGGCUCCUGGGCUAUCAAAACACAGCCAGGGUGGGGGAGGUCUUUGGAAAAUUCUUCUCUGCGGGGCAGAGGAAAUGCUUCCUCAAGACAGCCGUGCCAGCGAUCUACAACCCCCUGCUGUGCAUUAGCCAGGCUGGGCUUCUCCUCACAUACGCCAUCCUGGGGGAAGCCGAGCAACUGCUGGGGUACACGCUGGAGGACAUCACCGCCAAGGUGAUGGGUCAGCUCCGCAGCAUCCGGCAGCUGCACCAGGUGCCUGAGGUGCUGCAAGGGCUGAGCCUCACCUGAUGCCCUUAAAGGUCCCCCCUCAGCAACUCCCGCUCCCUGCUGCAGAUCUUCGCACGGGUCGGCUUGCUGCAGGAGACACUGACGGACAUCAUCAUCUACAGUGCCAACUGGAAGGAACAGCUCCAGCUGUGGGCGCUGGGCAGAGCAGGACUCACCGCAAACCGAACCAAAUGUCACCUGGGCCAGAAAGAACUGAUCUACCCGGGCUAUACGGUGGGCCAAGGGAAAAUACGGCCUUUGGUAUCUGAGCCACAAGCUGUUCUACCUAAUAGG